CCUACGGUUUUUUCUCAAGCACUACACGAGUUUCCGCUCUAGUAGUUUAAUAUGCAUCAUAUUUCCUCCAAUUUUCUCAACAAAAAUGAUACUAACUUUCUCCAAUUUAUUUCCUCAAUAACCAUCAUUUUCCUUUUUUUUCCUUCCCACCUAAUUAACCUAUUAACCUCACACCCCAAAAAUCCAUCUUCGUUUUUUUCGCCUUAAUUUUUUUUUUGUAACCCGAUCGAAGAACACGGUUCUUGUCGUCAAUAAUUUCGGAAUUAAGCGUUGAAAUUGGCCUAGGUUUUCAAUUUCCCCUUUUGAAUGGAACGUCGCGUUGGAAAUAAGUAUCGUCUUGUUCGUAAGAUCGGUAGUGGUUCGUUUGGGGAGAUCUAUUUAGGUACUAAUAUUCAAACUAACGAAGAUGUUGGAGUUAAGCUUGAAAAUGUCAGAACGAAGAAUCCUCAGUUGCUGUAUGAGUCCAAGUUGUACAGAAUACUACAAGGAGAGCCUGGGAUUCCAAAUAUUAAAUGGUUUGGAGUGGAUGGAGAUUACAAUGUUCUAGUAAUGGAUCUGCUUGGACCUAGUCUAGAAGAGAUGUUUAACUUCUGUAAUAGAAAGCUCUCGCUAAAGACAGUUCUCAUGCUUGCUGAGCAAAUGAUCAAACGUGUUGAGUUUGUUCAUUCUAAAUCGUUUCUCCAUCGGGAUAUCAAACCAGAUAAUUUCCUCAUGGGCUUGGGAAAGCGGGAAAACCAGGUUUACUGUAUUGAUUUUGGUUUAGCAAAGAAAUAUAGAGAUAGUACAACCCAUCGACACAUUCCUUACAGGGAAAAUAAGAAUUUGACUGGAACUGCAAGAUAUGCUAGCAUGAAUACCCACCUUGGCAUUGAGCAAAGUCGAAGAGAUGAUUUAGAGUCUAUUGGUUAUGUCUUGAUGUACUUCCUGAGAGGAAGUCUCCCAUGGCAAGGACUUCAAGCAAGAACCAAGAGAGAAAAGUACGAGAAAAUUAGUGAAAAGAAGGUUUCUACUUCGAUUGAGGCCUUGUGUCAAGGUUAUCCAACAGAAUUUGCGUCAUACUUCCAUUAUUGCCGGUCAUUAAGGUUUGAUGACAGACCAGAUUAUGCUUACCUCAAAAGAAUAUUCCGCGACCUGUUUAUCCGUGAAGGAUUCCAGUCUGAUUACGUCUUUGAUUGGACUAUCUUGAAAUAUCAGCAAUCACAGCUAAUCACUCCUCCAGCACGUGGUAUUGGGCCUGGUGCUGGAACUAGUUCUGGAGUGCCUCUUGCUAUGACUAAUGCUAACCGACACGCCGGAAGGGAAGAAGGGCGUCCUCCUGGUUUGGUUUCAGGAGACUCUACAAGACGACGAAUGUCGGGGCCCAUUUUAAAUUCUGUAAAUAUGUCAAAGCAUAAAAAUCCAACCUCUAGUGACGCUGCUGUUAGUAAGGAGGUUAUGUUAUCAAAUGCCAAUGUCUUGGGCGAAUCAAGUGGGUCAUCAAGGCGAGUUGCUGAUAGUAGUAGCCGCAAUCCAUUUGGUGGCGCUGAUUCAGAUCUCCGUGCUCGUGCUUCUGAAAGUAUCCGUGGAAAAGCACACAUAAGUUCAAGUGGACAAAGAGGUUCACACAUUGGAUCGUCAGAUCCAAAUAGAGUAGCAGCAUCUUCUAAUAAUGGUUCUCAUGUCAAGAAUUAUGAAACCGCAGUCAAGGGCAUGGAGGGUUUGAAAUUAAAAAACGUCGACUCCCAUUAAUAAUUUCUUCCCAUUUUAUCUUGUACAUAUAAAAUUCGGGUUUACAUGCACUGCAACAGUUGCUUAUGUUGCUAGUGAGCUGUGAGAGAUGGGUUUGAUACAGAAAUUCCGGCUUCUAUUGCGGCUCAUCUGCGCGUAGCGAUAAAGCUUAGAAGCAGAAAGAACUUGAAGUAAAUCAGAGAUACUUGAUGUAAAGCUUAGGUCUAAAUUGACACUUAUUUUUUUGGCGGGAACCCCUUAUAUUUGUAACCUUUUCCUGUGAGCAACUAUUAAUUUAUUUGAUGCUUUUAGUGUCAUAUGGAUCACAUAGUUCAGUGAUAUCAAAUAAGAGCAAAAAUUUUAAAUUUA